AUGAUGCCACCCGAGAUUAUGGUCCUGAGCGCCCAGGCCAAGCAACUUAUUCCCUUAAGCUGUAUCCUUUCUCUGAGUUGGAAACCAGCUCGAGGCAGCCAUGCUCCAGACGGUCUGGCCCCAGGACUGGAGGCUGUGGAAAGAGAGGGCAGCAGGAACCUGUUGUUUCAGAAGUUGGUGACCUUUGAGGACGUGGCUGUGUACUUCACGCAGGCGGAGUGGGAUGGCCUGUCCCCCACACAGAGGGUCCUGUACAGGGAUGUGAUGCUGGAAAAUUAUGGUCAUGUGGCCUCCCUGGGAUUCCCACUUCUCAAACCUGCUGUGAUCUCACAACUGGAGGGAGGAGGCGACCUAUGGGGCCCACCUCCAGUGCCCACUGGAAUGGAAAUAGGCCCCCAAGGCCUGUGGACUGAGAAGCAACAGGAAGUCUACCCAACAGGUGUGAAAAAAGAAGACAGCAGUGUCACUGAUGGGUCAGUAAAAUGUGAGACAAGCCCGCUGGAGGAAUGUUGCCUUAGUCAAAGCCCAAAUCUGUAUUACUGUCAUACUGCUGCCUCUGGAGAGCAGCCCCUUGAGAACAUAGAAUCAGGGAAAGUCUUCAGUGCCAACAUGAAGUGUACUCAGCAUGCAAUAGUUGAUACUGAGGAAAAAUUUUUCAAAUGUGAAGAACUAGUGGAAACAUUCAGGUGUGACUCUCAGUGUAAUCAGCAUCAAGAUAGAGAUAUUAAAGAGAAGCCCUAUCAGUGUAAGGAAUGUGGCAAAGCCUUCAGUGUUAAUGCAAAAUUAACUUGGCAUCAAAGACUUCAUAGUGGAGAAAAACCCUUCAAAUGUGUGGAAUGCGGGAAAAGCUUUAGUUACAGUUCCCAUUAUAUUACACAUCAGACAAUCCACAGUGGGGAGAAGCCCUAUCAGUGUAAGGAAUGUGGAAAUGGAUUCAGCUGUAGCUCUGCAUAUAUUACACACCAGAGAGUCCACACUGGAGAGAAGCCUUACGAGUGUAAUGACUGUGGGAAAGCUUUCAAUGUUAAUGCAAAACUAAUUCAACACCAGAGAAUCCACACUGGAGAGAAGCCCUACGAGUGUACUGAGUGUGGAAAAGGCUUCAGGUGCAGCUCCCAGCUAAGGCAGCACCAGAGCAUCCACACUGGAGAGAAGCCUUACCCGUGUAAGGAGUGUGGAAAAGCCUUCCAUAAUAAUGCGAAACUCAUUCAGCAUCAAAGAAUCCACACUGGGGAGAAGCCAUACGAGUGCACUGAAUGUGAAAAAGCCUUUAGCGUCAAAGGGAAAUUAAUCCAGCAUCAGAGGAUCCACACUGGGGAGAAGCCCUAUGAGUGUAAUGAGUGUGGAAAAGCCUUCCGAUGUAACUCCCAGCUUUGGCAGCAUCUGAGAAUCCACACAGGAGAGAAACCCUAUGAGUGUAAUGAGUGUGGAAAAGCCUUCAAUGUUAAUGCAAAACUAAUACAGCAUCAGAGAAUUCACACUGGGGAAAAGCCCUUUGAAUGUACUCAGUGUGGGAAAUGCUUUACUUCUAAAAGAAACCUGCUUGACCAUCACAGAAUUCACACUGGAGAAAAGCCAUAUCAAUGUAAGGAAUGUGGGAAAGCUUUCAGCAUCAAUGCCAAACUGACUAGGCAUCAGAGAAUACAUACUGGGGAGAAACCUUUCAAAUGUAUGGAGUGUGGAAAAGCAUUUAGCUGUAGUUCUGACUAUAUCGUGCAUCAGAGAAUCCAUACUGGAGAGAAACCCUUUCAGUGUAAGGAGUGUGGGAAAGCCUUCCAUGUUAAUGCCCACUUGAUCCGACAUCAGAGAAGCCACACUGGAGAGAAACUUUUCCGAUGUGUGGAGUGUGGUGAAGUAGUGGUCAGGCCGAAGGUCCCACGUGCGUACUGGAAGAUUGGCAGACUCUACCAUGGGAGGAGAGUCUAUGCUUUGGCCAUCAGUCGCUAUACCCAACAUGUGUACACAUGCGACUCCCGUUACAUGAAGGUGUGGGAUGAGAGUGCCCUGCAUGCUUGGGACAAGACGCCUCUGGACCAGCUGGAAUUUCAGAUCAUUGGCAUUGCCCAUGAUCCCAGUGAGGAGUGGAUGUUAGUAGGCUUGAGAAAUAGUGAUGUAAUGAUCUUGCACACUUUUCGGGAGGAGAAGUUUAAGAUGAACAUGCAGUUAAGAGACACACACCACUACAACCUCAAGUUUGCUUCCUGUGGGAGCCAUUUAGUGAUCACAAUGGACGAGUUCAUCUACAGCUUGGAGGCACCUUCUCUCCGGAGAUUGUUUCAGGUAGAGGAGUCUUCAGAAAUCCUGUGUUGUGAUGUGUCCUCUGACAACCAGUAUCUGAUUACGGGCUCCAAGGACAGUGCUACUGUGUACCAGUUCAUGCAGCCACGCAAGAACCUGGAUCGGUUGUUCGUGGACGCCUGGGUCCCCAGUGACAGCUGUCAUCGCUGCAGCGGGAGGGAUUCCGUGUCCCAGAACUCAGGAGGUGGUGUUUUGAGCACGGUCACAAAGCCUAGGCUGUUAGGCUCCGGAUUUCGCGAGCGGGUGGGCGUGCCCAGUCCCCAGGUGGGCGCCGGGAAGGUGGGUCUCACGCUCUCUGGUGGAGAGGCGGGGCCCUCUUCCCGGAAGGGCCGGCCCUGGCGGAGGGAGACGUGCGGUGCGGCACUUCAGGAACCAGAUUCCUCAGAGUGA